GGUAAUACGAGAAGCACAGUAACAUUCCGUCUUUUACUUAGCUUAUUCAUAAAGUAUUGGAUAAAAAAAGUUCUUAUAUACCACAUAAAAAUAAAUAUAUACAAUAUAAAAGCAUGUUAUUUCUAUUAAUUUCACUAUGCGCGUUAAUUUUUAGUUAUUUAUAUUAUUAUAAACCUCGAAUAGAUAAUUAUUAUUUAAUAAUAUUUUAUUAUAACUUAAUAUACACGUUGAUAGCUAUGAAAGAUAUAUUCUAUGCCAUAAUUAAUGCCAGAAGUAAUAAAACAGCUUUAUUACCAAUGCCUGGAAAAAUUGCUAUUAUAACAGGUGGCUCGAGAGGAAUUGGGUCAGAAGUUGUAAAAAUGUUGCUGCAAUGCGAAAUAGAAAUAAUAAUCGCUUGUCGAACGCCUUCUGUUGGAGAGAAAUUAAUUUCUAAAAUAAGAGAAUCUGGUAUUACUACGGGAAAAGCAAAAGUUUACAAACUUGACAAUACCUCUUUAGCAUCCGUAAAAGAAUUUGCUGACCAAAUUAAAAAUGAUUAUAAUAAAAUACACAUUUUAAUAAAUAAUGCCGGUAUAAUGUUCGCUCCCCAAAAAGAAACAAAGGAUGGUUUCGAUCAGCAGUGGAGUACAAAUUAUUUGUCACAUUUUUAUUUAACAGUAUUGUUAUUACCUUUAUUGAAAGCUGGUAGUCGUCCAAAACAAAAUAGUAGAAUUGUCAAUGUUUCUUCUUGUGCUCAUCGUAUUGGAUGGAUGAAUUUCAAUGACAUUAAUUUUAAGAAAAAUUUUAACACAUAUUUAAUGUAUGCGCAAACUAAAUUGGCUCAAUUAAUAUCUACUAAACAUUUACAAAAUCUUUUGGAAAAGAAACAAUUAGGAAUUCAAGUAUAUGCAGUACAUCCAGGAAUUGUUAAUACAAAUUUAUUUGAAUAUUCCUAUCUAAAGAGAAUUCAAUGGCUUCUUAAAUAUAUAAUAAAGACUCCUGAACAAGGAGCUAUGUCAAUAGUUUAUGCAGCCACUAAUGAUAAAAUUGAAGAACAUGGUGGAAUUUAUAUUAGUAACUGUAAAGAAGAGAAGAAUGUACAUCCUUCAGUUUAUGAUAAAUCUAUUCAAGAAAAAUUACUCCGUAUAUCUCUUGACCAAGUGCAAUUAAAAGAUAUUUUCCAAUACGUGGAUACUUAAUAGUAAUUAUAAUGUUUUUUAUAAGAAUAUAUAAUAUAAAUUCAUUAAAAAUGUUAUGUAAUAUAUAAUAAAUAAUGUGAUUAAUCAACAACAA